UUUAGCACAACCUACGACACAGAUGGGAACUUUCUGCAGGCCGUGGAUGAUAUCCAGACGAAGGAAUUGAUACCGCAGCUCGCUCGAAAUAUUGAACAAUCUUUACGUGCAGAUAUCGGCCCCAAGCUUCUCGACUUCGGCUGUGGAACGGGACGCACGACUUCCAAGCUCCUGCUGCAAGACUGGAAACGAACACCCACGAUUGAGGCAUGGGAUGGCAGUGAAGCAAUGCUGGAUGGAGCACGAGCGAAACACGAAUCGAUGAGCAAGCAAAGCGGCAUGACCACUCCAUCACCCAAGUUCCAGCAAGUCGAUUUCCUUCAGCCCGACAAGCUACCCCAAGAAGCGCUCGGCUCCUUCGACGGCCUAGUCUCAACUUUAGUUCUCGAACAUAUCCCCAUGUCGACAUAUUGGACAUGCGUGAGCAAGCUCCUCAAACCGGGUGAAUUCGGCCUCGUCACCAACAUGCAUCCUGAAAUGGGAGUCAAGUCGGUAGCAGGGUUUGACAAUGACGAAGGCGUGCGGAUGAGGGGGACUAGUCAUAUCCAUGGCGUUGAAGAGACCGUUGAGGCUGCGAAGAGUGUGGGAAUGGAGAUUGUAGGGGAGGUGAGGGAGGUUGUUAUGAGUGAAGAGAUGAUUCGAUGUGGUGCGGUGGGAGAAAGGGGGAGGAAAUGGAUUGGGACGAAAGUGUGGUAUGGGCUUCUAUUUCUGAAGACUUGA